UGGAUCAGACCCUCAACACCCGACACCCGAAAGCCAUGGUCCGCUCCAGACUCUUACUAAACCCUAAUUCCCGCUAAUUUUUUGCAGAUCUCGCCGAUAUUCACCGCCGAAAUACUUCGAAACCCUAGUGAGUCCAAUCGUGGCGGAGGAAAACCCUAGAUCGCCAAGAUGUCGAUGUCAAAGAGCUCGAAGAUGCUCCAGUACAUCAAUUACCGGAUGCGGGUCACGAUUCAGGACGGCCGGCAGCUGGUCGGUAAGUUCAUGGCGUUCGACCGCCAUAUGAACCUCGUCCUGGGCGACUGCGAAGAGUUCCGCAAGCUCCCGCCGGCGAAGGGGAAGAAGAACAACGAGGAACGAGAGGACCGCCGCACCCUCGGUCUCGUCCUGCUCCGAGGCGAGGAAGUUGUGUCCAUGACCGUCGAAGGCCCCCCUCCUCCCGAGGAGUCGCGCGCUAAGUCGGUGGCUGCUAGUGCGAUUCCCGGUCCGGGCAUUGGUCGCGCGGCGGGGCGUGGUAUUCCGACGGCUCCCCUCAUUCAGGCCCAGCCAGGGCUCGCCGGACCUGUUCGCGGAGUUGGUGGUCCUGCUCCUGGAAUGAUGCAGCCUCAAAUCUCGCGUCCUCCUGUCCCCAACAUGUCUGCUCCGCCGAUGAGUUAUCCGCCUCCGCAACAGGGCGGCCCGCCGGUUAUCCGGCCACCGGGCCAGAUGCCACCUGUGCAGUACCCUGGACAGGGACCGCCCAUGGGCCGUGGUCCUCCGCCGCAGGUUCCCCCUCAGUUUGCUCAGAGGCCACCGCAGCAGGGGUUCCCUAUGCCGCCACAGUUCGCGCAGAGACCGAUGGGGAUGCCGCCACCGCAGGGUCCGCCCAUGAUGAGAGGGCCGCCUCCUCCAAGACCUGGAAUGCAAGCUCCACCUCCACCGCGUCCUGGCAUGCCGCCUCCGCCUGGUGGUGUGUUUGGACCACCACGCCCUGGCAUGCCACCGCCUCCUCCUAAUCAGCAGCAAAAUCAACAGCAAUGAGAUUUUGAUGUCAAGGCUGCGUUGGAAUUUAAUCGGCAAGUGUGUGGACUUCAGGCAGUGAUAGGGCUUCCAAGGAUUUUGGUGCCAUUUGAUGAUGUUGCUGAGAUUCUCUACACCUGACUUGGGAUGUUUGGUACUUGGUAGAGUUGUGAACUUUCUGUUCCUGUGUAUCUUUGGCGCAUUUUGUGAUGUGGGAUUUCGUAUUGUGGUAGAAACAGCAGAGUUUGUUAAAGUAGUCUAAAAACAUCAGUUGCUUGAGCAUGAAUGACUAACGUGAAUUUGAAGUGACCACUCUCCAGGCCUUUUUACAUGGAAAGAUAUCAAGAACCGUACAGUGGCAGAACUAUCUUGACUUACAAAACUGGUAUAGAUUUAUAUGUUACGGUCAAUGCCAUUCGAAAACAUAUUAAUGUUGUUUGACAGGAAUUCAACCGAUGAACAAGGAAGAUACAGCUUUUCUUAGUGGCAAUCGAUUCAUGGCCGAGUCUAUGAAAUAUUGUAGAGGAAGAAGAUUAGUGGCAAUCGAUUCUUAGGGGCAAUCGAUUCCCGUCCACUUGUCAUUCCAUUUGUUAUAACGAACGAGUCUGUACAGUCCAAGGUCAUCAUGUAAAUAUCCAUCAUCUACAAAAAAUAAAAAAUGUUUCUUC